AUGCUUAAAAGUGUGUUUAAUCUGAAAACCUUUCAAAAGUCUUUAUCCCUUACUAAUUUACCAUUAAAUCAGCGAUUUUCCAUUAAAGCAAUAGACAUUUUCCAUAAUAAACUUGAGCAAUUGAAAAAAGAAAAUGUAACGGAACCAGAAAACUCAUUGGAACUAAUUUUUGCGCACGUACUUAACAAGAAAUUAUUGAGGGAAGUUAGAGGAAAGAGUCUUGAAAAAUUGACAUUAACAGAUGAAGAAACACAAAAAAUCGAUGAUUGCGUUCUAUGUAGACUAUCUCGAAUGCCAACACAGUACAUUCUUAAAAAUUGGGAGUUUCGUGAUUUGGAACUUAACAUGAAAAUUCCAGUCUUCAUUCCACGACCUGAAACGGAAGAAUUAAUUGAAUUAGUCACCCAAAAGAUUGAUCCAAAACCAGAGGAUGACUGUAAAGUCUUGGAAGUUGGUUGUGGAAGUGGAGCAAUAUCAUUAUCAUUAUUAAAUGAACUGCCAAAUUUAAAAACUAUAGUAGCAAUCGAUCAAAGCAAGACAGCAUGUGAAUUAACUUUAGAAAAUGCUAAAAAGCUUAAUCUUGCUGAUCGGAUUAGAAUCUUUAAGCACAAAGUAGACUCCGAUAAACUUCCUGACGAAAUCACUAUGAACGGAAAAUUCGAUUGUAUUAUCUCAAAUCCACCGUACGUCCCUAAAAAAGAUUUACUUAAGCUUGAUCCUGAAAUAUACUUAUACGAAGAUUUGAGAGCAUUAGACGGUGGUGAAGAUGGUCUUGACGUAAUUAAUAUUCUAUUAAAAUUGGCUUCAAAAUAUUUGAAGAAAGGCGGGAGUUUGUGGCUUGAAGUUGAUCAUCGACAUCCAGAAAUUAUUGAGAAAAUAGUCGAGAUGAAUCAAGAUGACUGGAAGUUGAAAUAUGCUGCAUGCUAUAAGGAUAUCUUUAAGAAAGAGAGAUUUGUAGAGAUUGAAAAAGUAUAA